GUUAGAAUUUCAAAGAUAAUAAAAUAUCCACGACUAUCACAUUGCAGAAUUAUUUAACGCACUACUAUUUUCAUUAACGUUCGAGUAAAGCAAACAGUCGUACGUGUGAAGUAUCGGUCUUGAAAAAAAAAAUGGAAAAUCUAGAUGCGAUUGAAGUGCUUCCAGAAGUGGAAGAGGUUCGCGUGCCUAACAUUGUUUGCGUUCGUACGGUGGCGUCAGUCAGACCUUCUACUAAGUGGAAAAAAACAAAAAGGUGUAUUUACAAUCGCGAAACGAAGGCAAUUUUCGGAAGAACGUGCGCAGACUGGGGCCGGCUGGGACUGUUCUAUUUGGUAUUUAAUGCUCUAUUGGCUGCAGUCUUUGCAAUUGGUAUAAAAGUCCUGCUUUCCACGAUGGACACGAACGCACCUAAAUGGAAACUCGAAGAAAGCUUGAUUGGUACAAACCCUGGGCUUGGUUUUCGUCCUUUUUCGCUAGAAGAUGGUGCUUUGAUACAAUACAGUUUACAAAAUACGUCGACGGCCGAAAAAUGGGUGAAGCUCCUCGAUACAUUUUUGGAACCUUAUGAAAAUUACACUGAUAGAGAUAACAUUCAAAACUGUACUUUCAAAAUAAGGCCUAAACGUAAUCACGUUUGUAUGGUUGAUCUAAAGAAGUUUGGACCAUGUCAAGCACAAUAUAAAUACGGAUAUGGUAGUUCAUCACCGUGUAUUUUCAUAAAAUUAAACCGAAUUUUUAAAUGGGUACCUAGAUUUUAUAAGGAAGAGGAAGCAGAUUUGGAUUAGCUGCAGAGGCGAAGACCCGAUAGAUAACGAAAAUUUGCAAGGUUUCCAAUACUAUCCAAGUAGAGGUCUUCCAGGUUACUUCUAUCCCUAUUUGAAUGUCAAAAAUUAUCUAAGUCCCCUGGUAGCUGUCCGAGUCAUGAAACCAAGACAAAAUGUUCUUAUAAACAUCGAAUGUCGUGCCUGGGCUAGAAAUAUUUACUAUAAGAGAUCUAAGCAGGAUCGUCAAGGAUCAGUACACUUCGAAAUCUUAAUUCGCAACAACUAGGACAGGUUUUACUUGUUAAGCUCGUUUAUGUAUAAAAGACUAUCUAAAUCAUUUUUGUUUAUGUAUUUAGUUAUGUAUAGAAUUUUUAAUAAAUUGUCACUAUAUAA